CUCAUGGCGACCUCCAAUCCUCCUCUCAAAGAUGACCUCGAUAUCGUCAUACCCACCAUCAGAAACCUCGAUUUUCUUGAAAUGUGGAGGCCCUUCUUCCAACCCUAUCAUUUGAUCAUCGUUCAAGAUGGCGAUCCUUCCAAAACCAUCAAGGUCCCCAGUGGUUUCAGUUACGAUCUCUACAAUCGUAACGACAUUAACAAGAUUUUGGGUCCUAAGGCUUCUUGCAUCUCUUUCAAGGAUUCCGCUUGUCGUUGCUUUGGUUACAUGGUUUCCAAGAAGAAGUAUAUCUUCACCAUUGAUGAUGACUGCUUUGUUGCUAAAGAUCCAUCUGGGAAAGAUAUAGAUGCACUUUCACAGCACAUUAGGAACCUUCUUCACCCAGCCACACCCUAUUUCUUUAAUACCCUUUAUGACCCUUUCUCCGAUGGUGCUGAUUUCGUCCGUGGCUACCCUUUCAGCCUUCGCGAGGGUAUCCCCACCGCGGUUUCUCAUGGCCUGUGGCUCAACAUUCCAGAUUAUGAUGCCCCAACUCAGCUUGUCAAGCCUCGCGAAAGAAACACUAGGUAUGUGGAUGCAGUUAUGACAAUUCCAAAGGGAACUCUGUUCCCAAUGUGUGGAAUGAACCUCGCGUUCGACCGUAACAUGAUUGGUCCAGCCAUGUACUUCGGGCUCAUGGGUGAUGGUCAACCUAUUGGUCGCUAUGACGACAUGUGGGCUGGUUGGUGUGUUAAGGUGAUAUGUGACCAUUUGGGGCUAGGGAUCAAGACAGGAUUGCCAUACAUAUGGCACAGCAAAGCCAGCAACCCAUUUGUGAAUUUGAAGAAAGAGUACAAAGGUAUCUUUUGGCAAGAGGAGAUCAUCCCAUUCUUCCAAGCCCUCAGUCUGCCAAAAGAAAGCACCACGGUUCAGGCAUGUUACAUCGAAAUGGCGAAGCAGGUUAAGGAUAAACUGGGCAAAAUAGAUCCUUACUUUGUGAAGCUUGGGGACGCCAUGGUUACAUGGAUUGAAGCUUGGGAUGAGCUCAAUCUCAAGGACUCCAAGAAGCCAAAUGGCAAAUGAAAGUGUGUGUUUAGGCUCUUUUUGUGUUGUUUUG